GGAGGAAAGAAAAUUAUUGGUCAAUGGUUGGUCCUGGUGAGGUCUUCUAAUUGCAUUGUUGCCAAAGGUUGCUACCUUAUGAUGUGCCUUGACAACGUCUUCUAAUUGGACUGUUGCCAAGAUUAAGCUUACUGUCCCUCUCCCCACUUGAUCAUUUGUCAGAACUUCAAAUAAGACAAACUUCUUGAGAUAAGUACUGCUGUGUCAUCGUGCUACUAAUGGCUUCAAGGGGAAGACAUCCAUACAACCGCCCUCAAGGAAUUCGAGUGCAGUGCAUCUCCACGAGUACAUCUCGCCGGGGCACUGCUUUUGAAGUGGCAGAUGGAAAAAUUAAAGUUUCUGCAGAAACCAUUACCACCAUGUAUGCACUUUGGGAUGGCAGUAGCAUGUAUACAAGCCCCCAAAGUGCAAACAAGUACGAGUUUCAGGAGGGCUGUCAUUACGUCUUGAAAAACCAUGCCAUCUCCUCCAUUCCUGGCCGAAAACGUCUGUUUGUAAAUACAAACACCAAAUUAUUCAAGGGGUCAUCCACAACAAUUUCUGAAGAGUUCCAAAAGCUCGGUGAUGAAGCCCUGGUUCCACCCUCAAAGCUUUUCACUGGGACCGAACCAGAGAUGUAUUCAUCUGGAGAAUACGUAACCUUGACAGGGGUUAUUGAAAAGUUGCACGUGGUAAGAAUGGUUUCCGGAAACGUUCCUGUCCUUGACCUUACCCUCAAAUGUGGUAGCAAGAGCAUUGCCAUGUCCUUGUGGCGGGACGAGGCUUUAGCCGAUCUUCAAAUAGAAACGGAUGUGACCAUCACACACCUCAGACCUGCCAAAAAAGGAGAGGAAAAACUAAACUCGUCGACAUACACAACUAUAAAGGUUCUUGAUGCCAAACCAGUUUCUGAAGAGAUCCAGGUCAUUGGAGUCUCUGAGGUGCAGGAUGGCCUCCAGUUGGUAGCGGAGGAUUUCCAGGAGUGUUUUUCUUUCUCCCAUCAGAGGUCCGCACAUGUGAAUGUGAGACCUUGUCCGAAAUGGCUCCUUUUAAAUUGCAGAUAG